CACGCGGUAUUCCCUUAGGAUAAGAGGUUACAGGAAAUAGAAGGAAGUUGGGGUACGUGUUGCUAUAGAUAUAGUUAGGUCACGUGGAAGAUUGUUGCAUAGCAACAGUGUAGCCCAGGAACUGGACGCUGUUUGUAAGUCUUAGUGACAACUAAUAUAAAAAAAUAUUUUCCCAAAAAUAACAGAUUACGACAUGCAUUACGGAGCUGACAUGUGCCUGCCUCGAAAGAAAAAAGUGAUUCAGUCUUUUCGUUCCAACACACACAGAAUAUUUGAUGAAAAGGUACCAGAUAGGCUGGACGCGAAUAAGAUUUAUAACCAUCAUACGUACCAAAGAAGAACCUCGGAAGAAAUAAAUCAGCUGAAGACACACAAUAUCCCUCAUCCGCGGAACGCGAAAUACAUACGAAGCAACGUGAGGUUCCUUAACGAGCCAAUGGCGUACAUAGACGUUCAGCAGUUUAAUGGGUGGGCCAAGGAAGCCGAGCUGAAUGUGAAAUCCACGGCACCGUACAGCAGAAACAGCACUCAGAGAAGUGACUUCCAAGCCUGCCCUGGAACCCUUGCAGCCUGCACCAGAUAUGGAAUGAAUCCCAAUAAGUAUCCGGCGUCUGGCAUUGUUCCAACAGUUAGUCCUACAAGUACCCAGAAACCACUGCUGGAGAAGAUAUGUUUCAUUCAUCAGUUUGAUUCAAGGAAACCACAGGACCAAGCAUAUGAAGGAAAGCAUCAUGGGACUUUUGUAUGGAGUGAGUUUACAGCUCUUGGCAGAAACAACACAUUCCUGGACUCAAGCUCACAACCAGGGCAGCAUAAAACACGAAGAGGAAAUGGAAUGACCUCACUCCAGCUGGAGUCACACCCAGCCCAAAAUAUGUCACUAGCAGCGGGAUCAAAAACAGGCAUGAAGGCAGCUGGGGCAAGCGCCUAUCCCCAGAACAAUCUACUGGCAGCUGGGAGAGACAGCCCUCCCCACAAAGGGGAGGGGCUCCAUCUACAUUUGUCGUUCGGUUCUGAGCCGCAAAAAUUCCAGGAUAGUAACUGCAUGGUGCAGCCCUCUGCGAGCAGGAUGACCUAGUGCUGCUUUGGCAGCAAACCUGACCCAGUACAGAUAAUAAUCCCUAUGUGCAGCCACCAGCACAAGAACCAGCUAGAGCUGGAAUCUGACAGUCGCGCAUGUCAGACAAUUAUUAAAUAAUUGAAUUAUUUAUCAUGCAUACAGAUUAUAUUAUUAUAUUUUAAGAAAUUAGUUUUAUUGUUCUUAAAUAAUCAUGGAUAGUGUGGUAACAUUUCUGCAAAGCUGGCUUUAGCUGACCCUUUUGAUGUCUCUGUCUUUCUGAUUGUGAUUGUGACUUUAAUUAGACCACACUGUUUCACUCAUAGUUGCAACAACCCUGUUUCCUCAGUUGUUUUGCUUUUAAGCACUACACCAGAUGAGCCCAGGAACAUAAGGAACCAUGUAACAAUCCAGUGCUAACAUUGCAUGCCACGGAAUUAAAUUGAUCUCUUCCUUUGUAUGUGUCAUGCCCGGCUCGUCCGAUCCUCGUGUGUGCCACGCCCCCUGAUUAUCCACGUGUGCUUCCCUUAUCUUGCCCAGCUGUGUCCUAUUAUUUUCGCCCAGUCUUGUCUAUUUGAGUCCACGUCUUGCCCUGGUUUUUGUCCAUCAUUGAUGUUAGGUAUUGUUAGUGAUGUCCUGUUCCACCCUUAGCCUUCCUCCCCCUAAUAACCCCCCAGUUUUCCCCGCUUUUUGCCUCCCUGCUUCAUCCUUCCCUGCCUCCUUCCUGCCCGCCUGCUCGUCCGCUACCCGCGACCUUGACAGUAUACAUUGUAUACUUGUCUAAUUGUGGUAAAUUUAAUAAUCAAUAAGCUUUACUUACUCUGACAGACAAUGGUACCAUUUGCAGAAAGUGGUUUAUUCUCAGAAAACAAAUUAUUGACAUUAAAAUUUAUAUAGCUUUGAGGGAUUCUGUUAUAAAAUUCUUCUAAAACAGCAGUGAUGGCCAGAGGUGAGAGAAAUGAGUUUGUUCAUUCAAAAUCUUGGUUUUAAGAUCCUUCCACUAUAAAUGUAGAUUGAACUUUACACAACUGCAAUGAAAAAUGCUAUAAUAUGCAUACCACAAUAUGUCUUAAGUGUUUAAUUCAUAUUUUGUCAUUUGAUAACAAUCACAUAUUUUGUCACUUUUUUUGUUACAAAAAGAAUGCACAUUAAUAAUCAUUGUAAUAAUCAUUGUACAAAUGUGUACAUCAUAUAUGCAGGGCAGUGUGGCUCAGUGGGUUUGGAAAGUCAGGAGUUCAAAUCCAGUCCUUGGCAAAAUAGUCACAACUCUGCUGGGCCAUUGAAGAAGGUCCUCGACCCCAAACAAAACUCCAGAGGUACUGUUUGGACAUCUGACCCUGUACUCAGAUCCCAGAUCUCACUUUUGUAUGUAUUUAAAAAGCAGAGCAAGAUGGGAUUUCCAAAUAAAAACACACUGCAAUGUAGAGGUACAAAUGACAAAUAAAGCU